GAAAAGCGAAUCUUUCGAGUGUCAUUGAACGCAGCAGCAGCCUUCAGCUGUCUGGGAACUGAGCAGCUGUCAGACUACAGUGAGUUCACCCAGCAAACGACGCGUACUCUUGGUUUUAAGGCUUUCCCAGAAUGGCACGCGGACAUCAGAAGAUUCAGUCUCAGCAGAAAAAUGCCAAGAAACAGGCGGAGAUAAAGAAGGCCAAGGGUCAUGAUCAAAAGACGGCAGCCAAGGCAGCGCUAGUGUUCACCUGCCUUGUGUGCAGGUCCCAGAUGCCCGACCCAAAAACCUUCAAGCAGCACUUCGAGAGCAAGCACCCAAAAUCCCCUCUGCCCCCCGAGUUAGAGGGAGUGGAGGCAUAAACGGUCACCCUGGAUACCAAACCAAGUUCUUCAAGGCCCUGCACCAACUCUGCACUUGUCACAGUCUGACAGCAAUGGAUGAUUUGAUGUAACCAACAUGAAGCAGUUAUCUUCAUUUAGGCUUUAAUAAGCCCGGUUGCCUUUGAUGCAAUGCUUCCUCCCAUCCAGUCCUGUUUUUGCUCGUGUUUAAUCACACAUGGGGCUAAACCCAAAUGCCCGUUUUUUUCCGUUUUCAGGGCCACUGAAGACCUGUCCGAUCCAGGAACAAUCCAAGUGGUGAAUGAAGAUUUCUUCCUUCGUUCACACGGUUUCUCAGAACAGACUCCUCACUACCCUGAGGUGUUGUGCACAUAGGAAAAUUUCUUGCUGCUAGCUCUUGUACCUCUUUCUCUGACGCUUUGGUGGAUUGAUUAUCUGAUUAAACCUUUAUAGCCAACAUACCACAUGAGUAUACACGCAUACAGUGUCAUUAAACAAAGCAUGGAUUUGGCUUGGGUGGGAGAAUUCUGAUUUUUAAGUCUGCUGCAAUCAAGGCAAUGACAAACGUGACCUCAUUCUCUUAUUAGUGUUUUGAGUAUUGAAUCAAAAGGAGGCUGUGACAUUUUUUUUCACACGUCCGUUGUUAAGUAUGGGAUUCCCCCACAGCGCUGUCUGCCAUGUUCUACUGCAGUCUGUCAUCUAGCUAAUCAUAAUUUCAUGUUGGGUCACAAAAAUGUGAACAUUUUGCUAGCCAUUUCCAAGAAUACUACAUGAAUUGUCAGUUAAUUAAAUUUCACAGGGGCUUGUCUGCAGCAUUUGUAUGCUUGGAAAAUGAAUGUAUGCUCCAAUGAUGUAUUAUAACAUUUUAUUAAAUUUUACUUUGUUGUA